AUGGCGGAGAAUUUAUUGCCGGAGGAAGCAAUCAAAAAUGUUGCAGUUAUUUGCCGUAUAUUUGCUGAUGCAGAAGGAAACGCAUUAAACAACAACCAUUAUUAUUACUACCAGUUCGCGAAGCCGUGCAAACCCAAAGGAGGAGAUAAGGAGAAGGAGCACAAGGAUCGACAGAAAAGGGACAAUAGGAAGAGAUGUUAUACCUGCAACGAGACGGGUCAUUUUCAACAUGAUUGUCCCAAGAAACGUAGGCAGGAUACGAUUGGAGAAUCAACGAAGAAAAUUGUUACCUGUACAUUCUGCUCGAAGAGGAGUCAUGAUGCAUCCAAGUGUUGGAUUAAGCAGCGGACGCAGGGGAAUAACCAGGGUCGUAAGAAACCAGAAGCGAAUGUCUGCCAUGUAUCGAGUCCCAGCUUGACACCUAUUUUGCUAAAAACCACCCUCGUUUACUGCCUAAUAGACAGUGGAGCAGAUUGUUCGCUUAUAAAGAAAUCUGUUGCAAAGAAAGUCGGGUGUAACAUCGUUCCUUUCAUUACCACGCUAUAUGGACUUGGAGAAGUGAAUCUAUCGACGAUUGGACGUUUGACUACUGUGAUGCAAUCAGAGGACGUGAGUUUGGAAAUAGACUUAUACGUUAUCCGUGAUUGUGACUCGUCACAUGACGUUAUAAUUGGAAGAAACGUCCUCUCGCACGCUGAUUUGCGAAUGGUGACGGAUAUCGGUGGUACAAGAUUGCUGCGUGAUCCUGGAGCAGUCAACAGUAACCAGCUUGGUCAACAGUGCUGUGUCAUCACCACAAUCACCGACGAGGCGCGUGGCCCAGUCGAAGAGAUCCUACAGCGAAAAAAGAACGGAUCGGAUAGACUCUGUGUUGAUUAUCGGGCGUUAAAUAGAAUUACUAUUAAAGAUCGUUAUCCAUUGCCGCUGAUAGACGAUCAGCUCGGGAAGGGUCGUUAUUUUACAACGCUUGAUAUGACCUCGGGAUUCCACCAAAUACCAAUUGCUGCAGAAUCUAUUGAGAAAACUACAUUCGUGACGUCCGACGGUCACUAUAAGUACCUUCGGAUGCCCUUUGGCUUGAAUAACGCUCCAGCAGUUUUCCAACGGGCAAUACACAGGGCUCUGGGAAACUUGCGGAACAAGGUCGCGUUAGCCUACAUUGACGAUGUACUUAUUCGGUCGUCAACUGUUGAAGGAGGUUUAGAUAGAUUAGACCAAGUUUUGAAGGCCUUGUCAAUAGUCGGAUUUUCACUGAAUCUUCCAAAAUGUAAAUUUUUGCAAGAAAAGGUAGAAUACUUGGGAAGGCAAGCAGUAAAAUAUGUGGAACAUGCGGAUUUCUUGAGUCGCAAUCUGAAACCGGACUACCGCAUAAAUGUUAUUUGUGAAGGAUCGUGGCUGGAAAUUGUCCAAAAAAAGGAUGUUGAGACGAAAGAAAUUGUACGAAGGGUACUCGUUAAGGAAUCUAUAGCUAGUGAUUUCGAGGAAAUCACUGAAAGGUACGAAAUUCUUGGUAAGAAUGGGAAACCGCAAGUUGCACCCAAAGAUCGUCUGCGACCAUGGAAGGGUGAAUGGGCGGGAGACGGUGAAGAGGAUGCUAUUGAAGAGUGUCCUGAUGAACCGUGUUAG